UAUUCUCUGACGGUUAUGAUGGUUAUGUUGUAGAUGCUGUCAAGAAUAAUUUCUAUGUUGAUGAUUGCUUGAUAUCCAUUCCCAAUUGUGAUCAAGCAAAGAGUUUCGUUAAGCAUAUAAGUGAAUUAUUAUGUAGAGGAAGUAUGCAAAAAAUGAUCGAUCUUGAAUAUUGGUUCAAAUGUCCUACUUUAUUGCAUGGCAAAUUUUAUAUAACAAUCACUGACUGCCCGGAACCUACUCCUGACGAUAUUGAGUUUAGAAAAAUUGCUGUGGUUAACUUGAGUAGUAUAAAGCAAAACAUGUCACCUAUUCUCUCUUAUAAAUCCGAGUGGUUGAAAUUAGUAGGGGCCGUAGCCUGGCUUAGAAGGUUCAUAGAAUUUCUGAUGGUGCUUCGUUCACCGAGUCAUGAAGGAUCCGUUCAUCUAGGAUGUUUAAAGGUCAAGGAGCCUGACAUCGCCAAGGGUAAGAAUUUAUUGAUGGUUCAAAAGGAAGUGUGUGGAGAAUUAUUUAGUGAAUUUAGAAACAGAAGUAAAGUAGUAAGUCAUAAUGAUCUGAAAGGUUUAUCACCGAUAAUGCUUGAUGGGUUACUCUGUGUUACAGGUCGUCUAAGCUACUCAAAAUUAUUCAAUGCUUUUGAACGUCCAGUAAUUUUACCCAGUCGACACUUAGUGACGGAAACGAUAAUUAGACAUUGUCAUAAAGAACCAGGACACAUAGGAAGGUCAUUAGAAAAAGGAUAUAGAUAUGUGUUUACUUGUUUGCAAACAUGGGCAAUACAUAUUGAACUGAUGUAUAGUUUGAUUACUGGUUCAUUUAUAAUGGCCUUAUUACGUUUUAUUGGAAGAAGAAGGAAACCUCCGGAGAUUUACAGUGAUAGUGCGUCAAGCUUCAGGGGAGCAGAUUCUGAAUUAAGGAGGUUUGUGCAACAUUCGAAUCAGCAGAAGAUAAAUAUUGAAUUGUCAGCGAGGUCCUCAUCCAACAGCAUGGGUGUAAUUUGGGGAAUAGUGAUUAGGUCUAUACCAAGACUGUUAUUGUUGAUCACGAGAGAACAGGAGAAGUAGGUCUCCUUGAAGCUUUGGAUUAGUCUUUGUUGUUAUUGAUGUAGUUAGGUCGAGUAGGCGUACUGUUGUAAGUCCUACUCGUUCCUAUGGUGUGAUAUGUUAUAUAAUGAACCAUGACCGUAGGCAUCAAGGUAGCUUGUAUGAUAUGGAGGGAUUUUGGGGGCCGGUGUAAGAUCCAUUUUGAAUGCCUUGUGUGUUUGUGAAAAUCCCUCCAUGUAUAUACUUGCACUUUGUUCCUAUUGAUCUUCUUAGUUGUACAUUGUUAACUUUUGGACUACAUUUGAAUUGUUAAUCUUUGUAUUUUAUUAUAGUUUUUGUUUUUACCACACCUUCACUAAUUCCCCAUGUUUCUUCCCGAACUGCACUUAUGUUGUUUUACUUUAUACUAAGUCUGAGCGGCAGUCAUUUUGGUUGGUUCCUGCCUUUGAUUGCUUGACCUGUGUUGACUGGAAUUGUGCAUUUUGGUUGUGAAUUGAAGCACUCUUCCAGAAUUGAAAACAUUGUGUUAUAGAGUGACCAAUUAUUACCUUUUGAACGAAUCUGUACGUGAUCUAUCCAGACAGGAUAGAAUAACAUUUAUUUGUGGUGAUUGGUAAUUUUCUUGCAUUCUUUAUCAACUUUCUUAUUUAUUGUAGUUUAGAUUUGAUCAAUUAAACAAUUAUUGGUUGGAUAGCUGUGUGGUUAUAUUUGUUUAGGUAAUAAUGUAUACUUAAAUUUAUGAUAAAUUAUAGAACCGCUAUCUUACCCA